AUUAAAGACAUGGCAGUAAGAUCUCUUGUAAUUUUCCUCGCUUUCUUUGUUUUGUUGUCUUUAAUAGAUUCUUCUUUAGGAAAAGGAUUAAAACAUGAUGCAGGAAAGGACGCCUCUGCAGUAGGAGACUUAAAACAAGAAGACAGAUGGGAAGUGCUGGUGAAAAUGGCACACGAGAAAGGUCUUAAAAAGCUCAGAGAAAUGUUCCUAAAGCUGAAAAAAUCUGACAACGGGAAACAUCUGAGUCUAAUCGAGAGUGCUCUGAAGACAAUAGCCGUAGCAUCUAAGGACUGAACAUUCUACCCUGAACGAUAAAGCAGAACUGUGAUAUAGUCCUACCUCAAUCUGAUGUCGUUCUUUUAAUUAGUGUAAAAAUUCUAUAUAAAUAUGUUCAUAUUAUCAUAAUAAUAAUAAUUAUCUCUAAUGGAGAGAACUAAUACAGGCACGUCUGCCUGCUGUUCAAUCCAUGUGCAUUGUAUAUACAUGUACUUGUAUGUAUAUUUUUGAAUAAAAGAAUUCUUAAACUAAAUUAAAAUAAUUGUACGUGUUCUCUGCAUGAUUUUGAUUAGUUUUGAAAGAUUAAUAUGUAAUUUGUUUUGAAAUAAAAUAAAAGCCAUUUGUUCACACAUAUAUUUGUAUUAAUAAGAUUGUGACGGCUUGAAUUCGCCAUAAAGUUACAAGAAUUGGAUACAGUAUAUUGGUAUUAGUCGAACUUUUUUGUUCAAGUUAGU